AUGAUUACGAGAUUGAUUAUCAUCCGGGUUAAGUCGACCUUGGCCGACGAGAUCAAGGCCAAGCAGGUUAUUGAUAGCUCGUUACUUGCCAUUAUUGAGCAAGUUGAGCAGGGUACUACCUCAGAUUAUGCUUUUGACCAAGAUGGAGUUCUAUGCUUUAAGGGUCAAUAUUGUGUACAUGAUGAUGCAGAGUUCCAACAUGAUAUCCUUAGUGAGGCUCACAGUAGCCCUUAUACUAUGCACCCCAGUGAAGAUAAGAUGUAUCGGAAUCUGGGGGACAUAUACUGUUGGAUCGGUAUGAAGAAAGAUAUAUCUGAUUAUGUGGAUAGCAUUCGUAUGACACCGUACAAAGCACUUUAUGGGCAUAGAUGUUGUACCUCGAUCUAUUGGACUAAGUUGCGUGAUAGAAAGACUUUGGGACCUGAUUCAGUACGAGAGAAUGAGGACACCAUCAGAUUGAUCUGUGACCGCUUGAAAGAGGCAUUUGACAGGCAGAAGUCUUAUAUUGACCAGCUUAACCGUAUUCACGAUGUCUUUCACGUGUCCAUAUUGAGGCUCUAUCAUCCAGACCUUAGCCACUUUAUUCAAUUAGAUGAUGUUGAGUUGAUGCCAUAUUUAUCCUAUGAUGAGGAGCUUGUUCAGAUUUUGGGUCGAGAUGAGAGAGUGCUAAGGAGCAAGCGUAUCCUGAUGGUAAAGGUUCAAUGGAGUAACAGUGGUCUUGAAAAAACCACCUGGGAGACAAAGGAAUCAAUGGAGACUUAG